AUGAUCGGCCCGCCUGAUCCAGUGUCCAAUCUUCGAAAAAUUAUAUUUAAAGAACCUAAAAAUGAAACAAACCUAGAAAAAAAGUAUAGAAAAUUAAGACACGAAGUGCAAGAGUGGAAUCAGAACUUUUGGACUCAACACAAUUCACGUUUUUUUAAGGAACGAAAAGCAUAUUUAAAGAAAAAUUUACCUGAAGGUAAAACUAACCUGACAGCAGAUGAAAUGAGUGUGUUCUAUAAAGCCUUUUUGGAUAAAAAUUGGAAAACCCACCUUAGUUAUAAUAAGGAAUGGUAUAUGAAGAACUUUACGUUACUAACUUUAGCUAUUCAAAUUAAAAUUAAAAAAAUAUUUAAAAUUAAAGCA